AUAAAAUUUCUUGUAUACGCUGAUUCCAACUAAAAAUAAACAAAAUCAGCUGUUUAGCGGAAAAAAUAAUUCGCGAUUUAGAUUGAAAAUAUUUGUGACUUCAAGUUACAAAAUUUACAGAAUUUCUGAAUAAAAAAAGUUUUUUACGGAAGAGAAAUGAAGAUUUUUGUGUCCCAAUGCGACAAUCCAUUGUCAGAAAAGGAUUUGGAUAAGUUUGGUGAACAAUAUCGUUCUGAUGAAGUUUUGAUUACAUUUCGUAAACUUGCGUGUGAACAAUUUCUUUCUAAUUUUAAAGAAACUCAACCUGCAUAUUUUAUAAAUGAUUAUUCUAAAGAUUCUUUAGAAGAGGAUUAA